UCCCCUGUUCAGCGGUCCGCUUGUCUUACGGCUUGCUGAACUACAUUUCCCAGGAGGCGUCCCGGCCGCGCCGCACUACUUCCGGGCUGCGAAAGAUGGCGGCUUCCUAGUCAGUUCUCGGCUGAGUUGGAGGGAGGCUCAGGCUCCGGCAUAGCUGGAUCCAGGUGCACAGAGGUCUAGCUGCUGUUUUCUGGGGGAGGAUCCUGGCUUCCCCCAAUCCUGCUCCAUCCAGCCACUUAGGGGCCAUGGAGGUGGCAGAGCCCAGCAGCCCCACUGAGGAAGAGGAGGAGGAGGAGGAGGAAGAGGAAGAGGAAGAGGAGCAGUCAGCUGAACCCAGGCCCCGAACACGCUCUAACCCUGAGGGGGCUGAGGACCGGGCACUGGGGGCCCAGGCCAGUGUGGGCAGCCGCAGCGAGGGUGAGGGCGAGGCGGCCAGUGCUGACGAUGGGACCCCCAAUCCUCCAGGAGCUGGCCCCAAGCCCUGGCAGGUGCCCCCAACAGCUCCUGAAGUCCAGGUGCGGACACCGAGGGUCAACUGUCCAGAGAAGGUGAUCAUCUGCCUGGACCUGUCAGAGGAAAUGUCCCUGUCAAAGCUGGAGUCAUUCAAUGGCUCCAAAACCAACGCCCUCAACGUCUCCCAGAAGAUGAUUGAGAUGUUUGUGCGGACAAAACACAAGAUCGACAAGAGCCACGAGUUCGCGCUGGUGGUGGUGAACGACGACAUCGCCUGGCUGUCCGGCCUGACCUCUGAUCCCCGUGAACUCUGCAGCUGCCUCUAUGACCUGGAGACGGCUUCCUGCUCCACCUUCAAUCUAGAAGGUCUCUUCAGCCUCAUCCAGCAGAAGACUGAGCUGCCAGUCACCGAGAAUGUGCAGACAAUUCCACCCCCGUACGUGGUCCGCACCAUCCUUGUCUAUAGCCGUCCGCCCUGCCAGCCCCAGUUCUCCCUGACGGAGCCCAUGAAGGCCGGUGUUCUUCCCCUGCAGAAAAUGUUCCAGUGCCCAUACUUCUUCUUUGAUGUUGUUUACAUCCACAAUGGCGCUGACGAGAAGGAAGAGGAAAUGAGCUGGAAGGACAUGUUUGCCUUCAUGGGCAGCCUGGAUACCAAGGGUACCAGCUACAAGUAUGAGGUGGCGCUGGCUGGGCCAGCCCUUGAGCUGCACAACUGUAUGGCCAAGCUGCUGGCUCACCCACUGCAGCGGCCCUGCCAGAGUCAUGCUUCCUACAGCCUGCUGGAGGAGGAGGAUGAAGCCACUGAGGUCGAAGCCACUGUCUGAAACAUCCCUGUGCGUCUCCGCCUUCUCGUGCAGUGAAGCCCUUGGCUUAGAGAAUGGUUCUUAAACUGGGCUCUGUGGCAGGGUUCCAGGAGGCUCCUGGGGACUCUGGGCACCCAUUCCCUAUGUUUUCCAGCCCGCCUCACGCUACUGGUUUGUCGACUGUAGUUUUGUUCUUCCCUGUGCGCUUUUUGUCAUCAGAAUAAAAAUCUGUGAAUCCCUAA